GUAAUCAUCCAUUCGGUUCGCAUCCGACGAACAUUUGGAGUCUGUGGUACCAAACACCUAACAAUUACAAAUAAUAAUUUAAUGUUAUUUCUUAUUACAUUCUACAGUGACUGCAGUCGAACGUUAUAAGCUUUUUGGGUUCGUGGACGGUGGAAGAAGAGACAAAAACAAUCGAGAUAUCGUCGUUCGUCGCUCGGCCAGGCGACGGCCAGUCCUGUCGGCCGUCGCUCAGUUUAGCCGUGUCGCUCGCACGUUUCGGUUGGUUAGAUUUGGACAGUCUGACUUUUGUUUAGAUUAGGUUAACCUAACGGCCGACGGGUAGACAACUAGAAUUGGACAAUCACGAACAACAGCGGUCGGUCGUCGAUAUAUUGUAGUUGACCGAUUCAUCUGGACAAGAUGUUGAUAUGCUAUAGCGGUCAUGCCAUGGCUGUCUUGUUAGUUGCAGCACUCAGUACUGCGCCGACAUGCACAGAACUUAUUGGCCUGUAUGAAGAYUCUGAUAUGAUGGAAAUAUUGGACAGUACCAAUUUUAAUGACAAAGUAUUGCAAGGAAAUACAUCAUACGUGAUUGAAUUUUACAAUGCUUUUUGUGGACAUUGCAUUCGGUUCUCUACUCCUUGGAAAGGAUUUGGAAUUCAAGUCUAUGGCUGGAGAAAUUAUGUGAAAGUUGGUGUUAUUGACUGUUCAAAUGAAAUAAAUAGUCAAAUAUGCCGGGAUUAUGAAGUCAUGGCCUAUCCAACCGUACGCUACUUUCCUCCCCGGCCAGAACCAAGUAAUAUUGGAAAAGAUUUUAUUAGAUCUUUUAAUAUACAAAUUAUGAAGGAUUUUCUUAUUAAAAUGCUUCAAGAAACUCAAAAUAGCACAAAUGUAUUAAAUUUGUGCGAUAUACAACCAUUUGAAAAUGCAAAUGUAGAAUUGGAUUCAAAUAAUAUUUUAACAUUUAUUAUAAUUAGUACACCAAAUAAUACACUUGCUCAGGAACUUAUUAUUGAUUUCUGUCCCAUCAAAAAAGUUAAAAUAAUAAGCGCACUGAACUCUAAUACAGCAUUGGUCAAAUUAUUAAAAGCAGAAACAUAUCCAAGUAUCUAUCUUGUUGAAAACAAGAACCAAUUCACAUUUUUAGCAAGUGGUAAUAACAAAACAAAUUUUACCAACAGCAUUAAUACAUAUUUAGAAACAGUGCAUAUGACUUCAUUUAGUAUAAUUGAUAUUACUACUUCGCUCUAUAAUUUAUCAUUCCAUAAAGACAAAGGUUCUAUGCAUAAUAACACAGUUUAUUUGUCAGAUUUAGAAGCUACUCUGAGGUAUUCUUUGGAGCACGAGAUUUUAUCACGAAGUGUUAUUUCUGGUGAGUCAUUAGAUGCAUUAAAUAGUUAUCUAGAACUUCUUAUUGAAUGUUUUCCUUCUAGCAUUAGAGGUAAAAAAUUCAUUAAGUUAAUAUGGGAAAAUACACGAUUCAAUAAGACAGUGUCAGGAGAGAAGCUUGGGAAUCUUAUUAACAACUAUGAGUUUUUAUUAAAACCUUAUGUUACUAAACACAGUUGGAUUGGAUGUGUAGGUAGUCUACCAAUGUAUAGGAAAUAUCCAUGUGGCUUAUGGACUAUGUUUCACACACUCUCAGUACAAGCAUCUAUAAAGAACUUGACAACAUUUAAUGGAAAACAAAUUUUAGAAACUAUUGCUGGUUAUGUUAAACAUUUCUUUGGAUGUACAGAGUGUUCUGAACAUUUCAUGAAUAUGGCUUCCACAAUUAAAAGUAAUGUUUCGUCGUUAGAUGAUGCAGUGCUGUGGCUUUGGUCGGCUCAUAAUCAAGUGAACCAAAGGCUUAUGGGUGAUGUUACUGAAGAUCCAGUGCAUCCAAAAAUAUUAUUUCCAUUAAAAGUACAUUGUGAUACAUGUCACCAAAAUGGUACUGAUGAGUGGAAUAAAACUGAAGUGCUAAAAUAUUUGAAAUAUAUGUAUUCAGCUUUCAGCCUCCAAAAGACAUCAUAUCUUGAUAUUCAUUCUCAAAAUGAUAAUUUGAUAAUCUUAAGUAAAAGAUCCGUUGAUGUUGAUAGUUAUAAUUAUAAUAGUUAUGCAUUUGAUCAAGAAGAGUGGAAGAUUGAUGUUAGCACUUGUAUGAUAUCAUAUAUUUUGUCAUGUAGUGUGUUAAUGAUAUUAUUUUAUUUACUGUUGAUAAAGAAAAGGUGUAAAAAAAAUAAUUAUAUUUAUAUUUUACUGGGUAAAUAG